AUGUUUAAACAGGUGGCUGGUUCUGACGGAACUCUGUCUAUGUAUGACGCCAUUGCCGGGAUACAUAACGGGAACAUCGCCAGGACCGCUCACAUUGGACCGAACUUCUUGCCCUGGCACCGCCUUUACCUUUACACUUUUGAAAAUGCCUUACAUGAAGUUAUGCCUGGAGUUAUACUACCAUAUUGGGAUUGCACGCUCGAUCAAGGUCUAGAAACACCAAAACUGUCUACAUUUUUCACAAAAACCUUUCUUGGAAAAGCUAAGGGGAAAUUGAAGAAAGCAAAAUAUGGGGACGGUUCCCUGUGGAAUAUUGUGAGAAACAUUGAGACGGGCGGACCUCUGCCAAGUCGUUUGGAUAUUGCGAAAAUUUUAACUAGAAAUAGAACUAGGGAUAUUGUAGUCCCAUUCGCAAACGCCCCGUACAACCUGGAGUACCUCCACAAUGGAAUCCACACCUAUAUUGGCGGCCAUUUAUCCACACUCGAGAAGGCAACCAUGGAUCCAAUAUUUUUCCUUUUACAUUGUUUCAUUGACUACAUAUUCGAGAAAUUCAGACAGCGACAGAAAAGUCUUGGUAUCGAUCCAACAAUCGACCUCCCAGACCCUGGGGAUCAAUAUUUGGGAGGGCUGCAUCGGCCUACCCUUAAUAUGUUAGUUUUCGAAAACUACACGAACGCGGAUGGGUAUUCGGAUUACUGGACAGAUGAGGUCUAUGAGUAUGAGGAUAGUCCUAGCACGUGCGAGAAGGACUGUGGCUGUGAGUAUCUAGUUUGCAUCAAAGGACUUUGCUAUCCGAAAACUGGAAAUGGGAUGCCGAUUCCAAGAAAAUUGACAGGAGAAGAAUGGGAAUAUUUUAGAGGAAGCCAGCCGACGACCGAUGAUAAUCAGGACAAUGUAACUGAGGACAUAUCUGGCAACGUUAUAGAAAAUGGAACCGGUACAAAUGACAAUGAUGAGAACACGAUCUCUCACAACCAACACGAUACCUCCAACAAUGCAUCCACUACAAACACACGUAGACGGCGUAGUGUUCCUGUUGAGGACGGUAAUCAGGUGUGUAACGGACCUCACUGUCCCGGCUCGGACUCACCAAUACAGAACAUCUUCACCAUCAAUGGGGGUUACAGUGAUAUCGAUGAAUGGGUGUUUUUACCCGUGAAGGUAACAUUCCUUAGGCCAUGGAAUUUGCAUUUCCACGCUUUUCAAAUCCAUAACGAUUCAAUAACCGACAAUCUUGAUAUAUUUGAUCCUUCUUAUUCAAGCAAUUUACAGUCGUCUAUGUACGUCGGCCACCAGGGAACCUAUCACAAUUUCUGUAGCGUCAAUGGUAUAGGGGCAGGAAAAGUGUUUGUCCGAUCGGACGGAAUAAAUUAUAAUGGCUACGCUAUGGAAUACGCACUUGUUGAUGAGCGCCAUCCAGUUUCCAAUGGAGUAGCAUACAUUCCUAUCAAAAAUCCGGCUGAUACUCCAACUGAAGUGUCACUUAUUGCCUACGAUGAAUGCGGAAGAACGUGCCUACCAACAUGUCUAAUCAGGGGUUCAAGUCCGCCAAAAUACAGCCCAUGUACUGGUUGCUUACGAGUGGAUAACUCGACCCCGACUUGUUACGGGGAAACCGUGGCGGACCUUAUCUACAACAUGUGGGAUUUUGGAACCCAGACUGGAGGAUGUCCGUCGGCAGAAAAGGCGGAGAUUCCUGUCAAUUUCCUCUGUGAUUCGUCGGACGCUUACCCCUGGGACCGCGUUUAGUGGCGAUACCGAUGGGAUUAACAUUGU